GGAAGGAGAAUCGGAGCUUCCCGUGCAUCGUUGUGCUGCCGGAGGUGGCAGCGGUUUGAUUGCAAGGCAGAUCUGGUCACUUGAGCCACCUGUCUGUCAAAGAUCGGUAAGAAGCGAACGACGAGUUGGUCCAUGCUGCUGUUUGUGCAGAUCUCUGUCGAUUUGUCCUCCUCUCUGUAUGGCCGGUGUGUGUCCAGGUGGCUGUCUGCACGCACGGCGAGUCGGCUGUGGGUGAGAUCGCAUCUGCGUUCCUCUCGAGAUUCUGUGCGUGCGCCGUGGUGUGCGGCCUGCGAGGGGGCAUCAUCGCCUCACACACACAUUGUGCAACAGCGUUGCUGGCGUGGCAUCACUGGCGAACGGCAACACGAGCGGCAACAUGACGACAUUCCAUCCAGGUCUGUCGCCGAUCGAUGUGGGACGGAUGAAUGGACGGCUGCAGUGCAGUGGCUGGUCUGGGUUGUGUGUGUCACGUGUUUGCAGUGUCUGACCGGGUGUGCUUCCCCGAGGAAGAAGAGAAGACACUGCAGGUCAGUGGAGUGGAGUCGACCUGCGGGCAGCUCAUCUGCUCUGAGAUUACAUGCGCCUGAGUGAAUGAUUGAGGGGGUGUGUCUGUUGUGUGGAUGGGGAUGGGAUGGCCGUGUGGGUUGCAGUAUUGGCAGCAGAUUGACGCCUUCAAGACCAGCUACCAACAGAGUGUCGAUGAGGGCCGGCCCGUCUACCGCUUCUACGACGGACCACCAUUCGCCACCGGCCUCCCACACUACGGACACAUUCUCGCUGGAACCAUCAAAGUACCAUUCAUCAACCACAACGCACAGACAGUCCAUCCACCAUUGUGUGUGUGUUUGCGGUGGUCAUUCAUUGUGUCUGUGUAGGAUGUGGUGACCCGUUAUGCGCACCAGAGUGGGUAUUGUGUGGAGCGUCGGUUCGGGUGGGACUGCCACGGGCUGCCCGUAGAGCACGAGAUCGACAAGAAACUCAAUGUCAAGUCCAAGGAAGACGUUCUCGCGGUGAGAGAGAGAGUGACCUGACACGCGCUUCACACACACACACACACACGUGUCGACACGUCAGUCAAUAUAGGCUCAUCGGCCUGGCCCUGGGUCUGGCCGUGUGUCAGAUGGGUAUUGGUGUGUACAAUGAGGAGUGCCGGUCGAUCGUCAUGCGCUACUCAAAGGAGUGGCAGCAAGUCAUCGGUCAGCCAGCCACUGCAUGGUCGUGUUGUGUUGUGUGAUUCACCCGCUUAAUGAAUCGCUGAUUGAUUGGUCGUCGACACAGAGCGUAUGGGUCGGUGGAUUGACUUUGAGAACGACUACAAGACACUCGACAUCUCAUUCAUGGAGUCUGUCUGGUGGGCCAUUUAAAUGCAACUGCACACACACAGACAGACAGACAGUAUCCUGUGUCUUUGUGUGCUUGUGUGUGUGUAGGUGGGCGUUCAAGCAGCUGUUCGAGAAGAAACUCGUCUACAGAGCAUUCAAAGUGCGCGAGUGACGCGACGACGGACGACGGAUGCCGAUGGUGUGUGUGGUCCACACAAACAAACAGGUGAUGCCGUAUUCGACUGUGCUGUGCACGCCGCUCGCCAACUUUGAGGUCAACCAGAACUACAAAGACAUCUCAGACCCCUCAAUCAUCGUCGCAUUCCCGUAACACACCACACACACUGGACGAGUGGAAUGGUGUGUGUGGUGCGGGUAUUUCAAUCGUUCGUCGGUGUGCGGUGUGCAGGUAUGUGGAUGAGAGCGCUUGUGACUUUCUGGCGUGGACGACCACCCCGUGGACGCUGCCGUCCAACCUGGCCCUGUGCGUCAACCCGCACUCGACCUACCUGAGGGUCAAAAACAAAAAGACCGACAGGUACGUACGGCUCACACACACACACAGACACACACACACAGACAGACAGACAGACAGACAGAGAGGCGCGUGUCUGUGUGUGUGGGUAUGGCGACAUGUGUGUGGCUGCAGGGAGUGGGUGUUGAUGGAGGCGCGUCUGCCGUGGGUGUGCAAGGAGCUCAAACUCGACAUGGACACCGACAUCAACAUCGAAGACAAAUUCCCCGGCAAAGUCCUCGAAGGUCGGUCAAGGCAGGGAGACGCGGAUGGACGAUGGACGAUGACGAUCUCCAUGUCUGUGUGUCGACAGGCAUUCGUUACAAGCCGAUGUUUGAGUACUUCAACAAGGGCGUGUGGAAGGAGAAAGGAUUCAGGGUCAUCACAGGCGACUUCGUCGAAGAGACCGGCGGUCAGACACGCACACACACACGCACACACACACGGAGAGAGAGAGAGAGGGAGAGCGCAUCAUGUGUGUGUGGUUUAUGUGUGUCAGGCACUGGUGUGGUCCACUGUGCCCCUGCCUUUGGCGAGGACGAUUACAAGGCAUGCGUCGCAUUCAAGUGAGCGGACGGACGGACACACCAAUCCAAUCCAAUCAGCCGUCACAUUGAUUGCAUCACAAUGAAUGCCGGGCCGUUGCUGUGUGCCUCUUUCCGUCCGUCCAUCCAUCCAUUCCCAUGGCAGCAUCAUCGACAAGGAGUCAGGCGCCCUGCCUUGCCCCGUCGAUGCCAACGGCAGGUUCACUGACGAGGUACCACACACACACACACACACUCACACACACAUAGGCAGACGCGGACACCCUCCCUUCAUUCACUGCAUGGGUGUGUGUGGAUGGGAUGCAGGUGCCCGACUACCAGGGGCAGAACGUGAAGGACGCCGACAAGGACAUUCGGGUCAGCGCACAUCACAUGAAUGAAUGGAUCAAGUGCACGGAUGCGAGUGAAACGCCCUUCUCUUUCUCUCUCUCGCGCGCGUGUGUGUGUGUGUGUGUGUGUCCCACCACCCAGCGUGACAUGAAGGCGACGGGUCGUCUGUUGCUCAACGCCAAUGAAGUCCACUCAUACCCCCACUGCUGGCGAUCCGACACACCGCUCAUAUACAGAGUACACACACACCACACCACACCACACCACACCGAUUCCCCCACCCUUUGCGCGUCGCCCAUCUGUGCCAUCUGUGCCAUUGAUUCAUCGUCAGGCGGUUCCGUGUUGGUUCAUCAGUGUGGAGAAGGUCAAGCACGACAUCCUGAAGAACAUGGAGCGGACCUACUGGGUGCCGUCAUUCGUCAAGGAGAAGCGCUUCUACAACUGGGUCAAGGACUCCAACGACUGGUGCGUCAGCCGCAACAGGUUCUGGGGCACACCCAUUCCCCUCUGGCACUCGGACGACUGGAAAGAGAUCGUCUGCAUCGGUCAGCCAGUGGAGCCAACAGUAUGGAAAGGGAGAAUCCUCUGUGCUGUGUGCGCAGGCAGUGUGGCUGAGCUGGAGGAGAAGACAGGCAAGAAGAUCACAGACAUCCACAGGCAUUUCAUCGACGACCUGAAGAUCCCCUCGAGCCGCCCCGGCAUGCCAGACCUCAAGAGAAUCGAAGAGGUCAGCCUGCCUGCCCCUGAGCCCAUUCAACCAUAUGAAUCAGCCCGUCUUGUCUCCGCAUAUGCCACAACAAACAGGUGUUUGACUGCUGGUUCGAGAGCGGCUCGAUGCCUUACGGCCAGGUGCACUACCCUUUUGAGAACGCCGACAAGGUGCGGGGGUGUGAAGAGGGAACAAACACGACCCAAAGGGACACACAAAGGAGAACUGUGUGUGUCAGUUCCGCGAGGGCUUCCCGGCCGAUUUUAUCGCUGAGGGGCUCGACCAGGUCAGAAGGGAUGAGACAGUGGAUGCAGGGCAAGCCCUGCAUGUACCCGUGUUUGCCUUCAUGUCUGGUGCAGACCCGCGGCUGGUUCUACACGCUGAUGGUGCUGUCCUCGGCCCUCUUCGACGAGCCCGCCUUCAAAAACCUCAUCUGCAACGGUCAGCACACACCCGACCCGUUUUCUCCCACACACCACUCAGAGAAGGGUCCGCGUGUUAUUUCUGUUCAGGGUUGGUGCUGGCUGCUGACGGCAAGAAGAUGAGCAAGCGUCUGAAGAACUACCCCGACCCCAUGAGUGUGGUCAACAACCACGGCGCCGACGCCAUCCGGCUGUACCUCAUCAACUCCCCCGUCGUCAGGGCGGAGCCGCUGCGCUUCAAGGAGGAGGGCGUGAGGGACGUCGUCAAGGACAUCUUCCUGCCCUGGUUCAACGCAUACAGGUACCAGACACGUGUGUCUGCAAGGAGAGGAGUGGAACAGCUUGGUCGUUCGCUUUGUGUGGAUAGGUUUCUGCUGCAGGAGGUCGGCAGAUACGAGAACAAUGGUAAGCACGGCAAAGUGUGUGUGCAUCGGCCGACCUGCCUUGAUGAGUGCGGGUGGCCAUCCAUCACCCAUGUCAUGUAGGUGGGAAGUUCCAGGCCGACCCUGCGUUGGUCGAGGCGUCAGACAACGUCAUGGAUCGGUGGAUCUACGCAGCCACACAACACCUGAUCCAGGUCAGCCAGCACAGCACAGCACAUGGGCAGACACAAGACAAGACACACACAGGCGGACGGAUUGACGGAUACGUGUUGUGUUGUGUUGUGUGACUGAUGGAUGCGUGCGUCAGUACGUGGACCAGGAGAUGAAGGCCUACAGGCUCUACACCGUGGCACCCAAGCUCGUCGACUUCCUGGAACAGCUCACCAACUGGUCAGUCAGGGCAGACACACAGCGCACACGCAUCGGCAUACUCGUCCGUGCCUGACAAUUCUCUCACAGGUACGUCCGCCUGAACCGUGACCGAAUGCGAGGUAGGUGAGCAUUUAGAACGAACGGCCAUCAUUUGAUCUGUGCUUGUGUGUGUAUGUGUGAAGGUCUGUCGGGUGCUGACGAGACCAUCACAUCACUGUGCACGCUGUACGAGGUUCUCAUGAUCAUCACACGACUCAUGGUACCUACACACCACACACACAUACACACACACACACGAUGACCUGCCGUUUGUGUGACAUAUAUCCGUCCGUCCGUCAGGCCCCUUUCACGCCAUUCUUGACCGAGUAUCUCUAUCAGAAUCUCGCCAGAGCACUGCCCGAAGGUCAGUGAGUGCGCCAUUCCAUGCGCCAUAUUCUUGAUGCAUUGUGGGUGGCAUGCUUGCAACGCUUGUGUGUGUGUGUGUGUGCGUGCAGGCCACCCGGACAGGUGUGCGAGUGUGCAUUGGGUGAGUCUGCCAAAGGCCAACGAGAAGAGAAUCGACGCGCACAUCGAAACCAGAGUUGCGCGCAUGCAAACCGGUCAGUCUGUCGGUGCUGGAGAAAGGAAGGAGGCAGACCUGCCCUGCCCUGCCCCACAGCCAUUUGUUGGGCCCCUUCUGGUAUACCCUUUGUUUGUGUCGGUGUGUCUGUCGGUGCAGUGAUCGAGCUCGGCCGUCAGGUCCGCGAGAAAAGGAAGGUGUCCCUCAAGACGCCCGUCAAGGAGGUCCGCGUGAUCCACGCCGACCCCUCUUACAUCGCCGACAUUGACUACCUGCAGUCCUACAUCAAGGUCAGUCAGUCAGGCCACCCAAAACAUUAAUGGGAAGGGCACAUGAGUGACACACGGCAUGGCGUGGCAUGGCCCUCCCUCCCUCUGCGUGUGUGAACCGUCCAGGACGAGCUCAACACAAUGGAGCUGACACUGUCCACCGAUGCCUCCGCCAUUCACCUGUCCGCACAGGCAAACAGCCAAAUACUCGGACCAAAAUUCGGAAAGGAGUUCGGGCCAAGUGAGUGCAUCUGACAGAGAGGCUGGCAUGGGAUGAUCGCAACAUGGGUCCGUUCUGCCUGCUGGUCAGUUCGAAAGGCCGUGUGUGAGCUGACCCACGAGCAGCUGCAGGCAUUCGAAGAGACGGGUGGGUGGGUCGGCACUCUCAAAGCACACGACGAGAGGACACUCAGGUGUGUGGGCGUGUGGCGUGUUUGUUAUAGGCGAGAUCGCUGUGUGCGGCCACACCUUGAAGCGAGACGAGCUCUUCUUGAAGCGGAGUGCCAAGGACAUUGUGACCAACCCAAACCUGGAGGCAGAUGGAGACAAGUAAACACACAAGAACUAGCCGCGUGUGUGGAUCAAUGUGACUGUGUGUGUGUGCCCCGCCCCUGUCUAAUUAAUUAGUUCUGUGUUGGUCGUUGUCGACUUCACCUCGGACGACAGCCUGCAGACCAUGGCACUCGCUAGAGAGGUCACGCACACGCACACGUGACGUACACACACGUGUGUGCACAUACAAAUGCAUCUCUGUCUGUCUGUCUGUCUGUCUGUCUGCUGCCUCCCAUCCCUUUUUCAGGUUGCGAAUCGGGUGCAGAAGAUGCGCAAGAAGGCGGGGCUGAGCCAGGAUGACCCCGUGGACAUGUGGGCCACACCGGCAGACCUCACUAAGGCACCCAACAUCCAAAAGGUAUCAACACAUACACCCAGCCAGGAAGGAGUAUUCACCGUCCGUGCGGCUCGGCAGGUGCUGACCAAAGAGCGCGAGUAUCUGCAUCGGUGCCUCAGGCGGCAAAUGUAGGCAUGCACUCGACUCACACUGGCAGGCAGGCCACACGACCCACAUUGAGGGUGCGUUGCGGUGCGGCUGUGUCAUCCAUCAUGCAGCUUCGACGGAGAGCAGCGGCAGGGCCACGAGGUCAUCAUCUACCAAGAGGAUGUGACGGUCAACGGUGAGGAUCUGAGGGUCGAGUUCACCCUCAGUGGCAUCAGGUUCAACGAACAAGAGCUCCGCCGCCUGGCGCAGUCCAUCAAGGUGGAGAGCUCCGAUGGCCCAGCCAAGGCCAACGGGGUGGCGGCCACUGCUGUCAAUGGUGUCGAUGGCGAUGGGACGGACGGGCUGGUGACGGCGAUGAAAGGGUGUCUGCUGUCCUAUGAGGUCGAGGAGCUCAAACAGCUCGCUUCCUCAAACAACGGUGUGCAGGCGGCAGAUGGGAAGCUGGCAUGGGGGUGUUUUGUCAUGUGUUCGCGCGUUUGUCAGGUUCCGUGACGUUCAACAUUGAGGGCGCUGGCCAAUGUGUGCUCAUCAGAGACAAGUAAGGGGACCUAGUAGAACCACAAAGGCAGGCCCAGGGCGACCAGCCUGCACCAGUGCAUUUGUCUGCAGGCACUGGAGCGCCUAGGACAGGUUCGACAGUGCGUGUGUGGUCGGUUGGUCGGUCACAUUGGUUUGUUAGUUUGCCAAUUUGUGUGUGUGUGUGUUGGCGUGAGUGGGUGUCGCCGUGGACGCUGAGUGCCUUUGAUCAAUCAAUCAGGAGGCACAGACACACACAGGCAGGCAGACUUCUUUGUUGUGCUGAUGGCAUGAGAGCAAUCAGCAUGCAGAGAUCAUGAUCCCCCACCUCAUCCUGGCCAUGACUUGCAAUUGGGCGCCAGCCACGAGCCUUGAAAGAAAGAGCUGCG